CAAAUAAGCGCCCACAAAAGUUGGAUCUACAAAAGGGGAAAGUCGCGACUUGUUCUGCUUGCCGUUUGUUAUCUUGUAAAGUCCGUCCCAUCGACCUGUUUUACAUAGCAAUAAAUAAAAAAAAAAAACAAAAAAUCUACGGAAUGAUCAAGACGAGACUGCUGCUGCUCUGCGCGCUAUCGGCGUUCCUCAUGGCCAUCGAGGCGCAGAUAGCCUUCGUGGAGGACGCGGACAUUGAUAAGAAGAAAGUUAACUUGGCGGGUCGAAAGCCGCUCUAUUCGCCGGCGCGAUGCCCGCGGUACCAGCUUCUAUAUCCAGGGGAUCAGCAGCUCGAUUGGGUCUGUGACUGUGCGCCAGCCACGCUCUACUACCCGGAGACGGACGCCUGCUAUCCCGCCUACAGGCAGGGCCCGUGCGAACAGGGCCAGAUGCUGGUCCUCUACAAAGAGAAGAUAAUACCCGAGUGCGUGAGGAAUCCCUGCAACACGGACGGCCAUUUCAUGAUACGCGACACUUGCUACGAGUUCGGCAACACCAAGCACGAGGGCAAUCCCUGUCCCUUCAAGGAGUACACCUAUGUGCUGGGCGUAAAUCCAAUUAAUCUGAUGGUGGACUGCGUGAAGCUGUCGGUGCAGCUGGAGACGCGCAUAUCGCAGGACGAAGCGGCUGCUCCACCGGACUACCACAUUGAGCUGGCCGAGAAGUGCUCCCGCGGCAGCCGACUCCUUGCCCAGGGACGAUGCACAUAGGCAGUCGAGACGAUUCGAAUCAAAUUCAAAAGAGAUUUAAACCAUAACAAUAAGAAUUCUUUAUGUACAACAAAA